AGCAAGGCCGCCAUCAUCAACAUGUCCAGCUCUGCAGGCUCCAUUGAGGAACUCUAUUUAUGGGAGCUUGCUCUUGUUGUCUCGUACCGCUGCAGCAAGGCUGCUCUGAACAUGCUGACCAAGUGCCAGUCCCUGGGGUACCGGGAUCACGGCGUCCUCUGCGCCGCUCUCCACCCCGGCUGGGUGCAGACCGGCAUGGGGGGGUCAGGAUCAGAAAAGCCCCCUGUGACGGUGGACGCCAGCGUGCGAGGGAUGCUGAAGGUGCUCUCCUCCCUCUCUGAGAAGGACACUGGGACCUUCCUGGACUGGGAAAGGAGGGUUGUGCCCUGGUGA